ACGGCUGCGUCACGGGAGGGGCGGGCCCGCCACGGGCGGAGGCCGGAGCCGGAAGCGGAAGAGGCGCUCGGAGCGGGGAGUGGGGCCUAGCCGCAGCCGGAGCCUGGGAGACGAUGCAUCACUGUAAGCGAUACCGCUCCCCUGAGCCAGACCCGUACCUGAGCUACCGAUGGAAGAGGAGGAGGUCUUACAGUCGGGAACACGAAGGGAGACUUCGAUACCCAUCUCGAAGGGAGCCUCCGCCCCGAAGAUCUCGGUCUAGAAGUCAUGACCGCCUACCCUACCAGAGGAGGUACAGGGAGCACCGUGACAGCGACACAUACCGGUGUGAAGAGCGGAGCCCAUCCUUUGGAGAGGACUGCUAUGGAUCUUCACGUUCCCAUCAUCGACGGCGGUCACGGGAGAGGGAGCCCUACCGGACCCGCAAGCACGCCCACCACUGCCACAAACGCCGCACCAGGUCUUGUAGCAGCGCCUCCUCGAGAAGCCAACAGAGCAGUAAGCGCAGCAGCCGGAGUGUGGAAGAUGACAAGGAGGGCCACCUGGUGUGCCGGAUCGGCGAUUGGCUCCAAGAGCGAUAUGAGAUCGUGGGGAACCUGGGUGAAGGCACCUUUGGCAAGGUGGUGGAGUGCUUGGACCACGCCAGAGGGAAGUCUCAGGUUGCCCUGAAGAUCAUCCGCAAUGUGGGCAAGUACCGGGAGGCCGCCCGGCUAGAAAUCAAUGUGCUUAAAAAAAUCAAGGAGAAGGACAAAGAGAACAAGUUCCUGUGCGUCUUGAUGUCUGACUGGUUCAACUUCCAUGGUCACAUGUGCAUCGCCUUUGAGCUCCUGGGCAAGAACACCUUUGAGUUCCUGAAGGAGAAUAACUUCCAGCCUUACCCUCUACCGCAUGUCCGGCACAUGGCCUACCAGCUCUGCCACGCCCUUAGAUUUCUACACGAGAACCAACUGACCCACACAGACUUGAAGCCAGAGAACAUCCUGUUUGUGAACUCGGAGUUUGAAACCCUCUACAAUGAGCACAAGAGCUGUGAGGAGAAAUCUGUGAAGAACACCAGCAUCCGAGUGGCUGACUUCGGCAGUGCUACCUUUGACCACGAGCAUCACACAACUAUCGUGGCCACCCGUCACUAUCGCCCGCCUGAGGUCAUCCUCGAGCUGGGCUGGGCACAGCCCUGUGAUGUCUGGAGCAUUGGCUGCAUUCUGUUUGAGUACUACCGGGGCUUCACACUCUUCCAGACCCAUGAGAAUCGAGAACAUUUGGUGAUGAUGGAAAAGAUCCUAGGGCCCAUCCCAUCCCACAUGAUUCACCGGACCAGGAAACAGAAGUAUUUCUACAAAGGGGGCCUGGUUUGGGAUGAGAACAGCUCUGACGGCCGGUAUGUGAAGGAGAACUGCAAACCUCUGAAGAGUUAUAUGCUCCAAGACUCGCUGGAGCACGUGCAGCUAUUUGACCUGAUGAGGAAGAUGUUAGAAUUCGACCCUGCCCAGCGCAUUACACUGGCGGAGGCCCUGCUGCACCCCUUCUUUGCUGGCCUGACCCCUGAGGAGCGGUCCUUCCACACCAGCCGCAACCCAAGCAGAUGACAGGCACAGGCCACUGCGCCAGGAGAUGGAGAGUGGGACUGGGCUGCCCGGCCCUUUUCUCCAACCUCUACCAUUGGCCCCAGGGCCAGAGCCACCCACGAACAGUGCAAUGUGAAGGCAGGCAGGAGCCUGCAGGGGAGGAGACUUGAUGCCCAGCUGCCAGAAAGCACAGAUUUGACCCAAGCUAUUUAUAUGUUGUAAAGUUAUAAUAAAGUGUUUCUUACUGUUUGUAA